CACCACAGUCGCGCCAGCUGGACGACUCGCUCGGCCAAUGGAUUCGCCGCUGGCCACGCAACUCUUCCGCCAGCUCUUCUCGCACCGGGCCGCGCGAUGUCUGGCCCGCGGAGCGCGACCGGCGCUCACGACCGCGCGCGCUCCGCAGCAGCAGCGCCGCGGGAAGGCGUCGCGGCUGGGGGAGGGCGAGACGAGCCGCGAGAGCCGCUGGACGCCGCGCACGACGGCAUUCCCGCAGGAGCGGACGGAGGAGUUUGAGCGGUACCCGAUGGUCACGUCGGACAUGCUGCGCAGUCGGCGCGAGCGGCCACGGCGGGUGCGCAUGCUGAUGCGCGACUUCAUCGAGGACAGCCUCUACAACCCCAGCUACGGCUACUUCUCCAAGCAGGUCGUCAUCUUCUCGCCCGGCGACCCCUUCGACUUCAACGCCAUGAAGUCGGAGCACGACUUCUUCCAGGAGCUGCGCCACCGCUACACCGACUUCGAGGACGUGCUCGACCUGCAGGAGCACAACGACCUCCGCCAGCUGUGGCACACGCCGACUGAGCUGUUCUCGCCGUACUAUGGAGAAGCCCUGGCGCGGUACCUGGUCGAGGACUACAAGUACAACUUCUUCCCGUACCAGGACCUGAUCAUCUACGAGAUGGGCGCCGGCAACGGCACCAUGAUGCUGAACAUCCUGGACUACAUCCGCGACGUGCACCCCGACGUCUACGAGCGCACCAAGUACCGCAUCAUCGAGAUCUCCAGCCAGCUCGCCAACCUGCAGCAGAAGGGGCUGGGCCACUCGGCCUACGCCCGCGGCCACGCCGACAAGGUCGAGAUUGUCAACCGCUCCAUCUUCGACUGGAACCAGUACGUCUCGUCGCCGUGCUACUUCCUCGCCCUCGAGGUCUUCGACAACUUCGCCCACGACGCCCUGAAAUACGACCACGACACCGGCACCCCCUACCAGUCGCACGUCGUCAUCGACCCGCGCGGCGAGCUGUUCGAGUCGUACUCGCGCACCCUCGACCCCGUCGCGACCCAGUUCCUCGCCCGCCGCCACGCCGCGUGUGAGUCGUAUCCGCACCCGCUGCAGGGCUCGCGCGCGCUGCAGUCUCUCAAGAGCCUCAAUCCCUUCCGCACCAACCUCAGCACCCCGGAGUACAUCCCCACACGCCUGAUGCAGUUCUUCCACAUCCUGGCCUCCAAGUUCCCCAACCACAAGCUCGUGUCCUCGGACUUCCACAAGCUGCCCGAGGCCGUCGUCGGGCUCAAUGCGCCCGUCGUGCAGACCCGGUACAAGCGCCGCAUGAUCCCCGUGUCGACGCCGCUGGUCCACCAAGGCUACUUCGACAUCCUCUUCCCCACCGACUUCACCGUCAUGCACCCCAUGUACACCGCCAUCACCGGCAAGUUCGCACGCACCUACUCGCACGAGGACUUCAUGGCCGGCCGCGCGGAUAUCGCGGAGACGAGCACGAAGAACGGGGAUAACCCCCUCGUUACCUGGUAUCAGAAUGCGAGUGUCAUGAUUACCAUGUGAGGGGGAUUGGCAUGUGAGAGGACACUAAAACGGGAGAGUGCCGUGGGAUGAGAGAUAGACGGUCUGUAGAUCCAAUACCCUGCGCACGAGCGCCGAGAAGUACCUCUAGUUGCGAUGCAAAUAAGACGGGAUGCGUACGUGCACGUGGUGACUGCGUCGCGCCGUUGCGCUAGACAUAUCGGGUAUU